AUGUUACGAGAUGUCCUGGAUCUGGCCAAAAAUCUUCGACAAUUUCUUACCCCACGCUUGUGUGUUGGCGAACCUGGAGGGGGAAAAUCUGGGGGCGUCUCCACAUAUAAGAACAAAAUGGCCCCUCGUUACGAACUGCCUAACCAAGCCACUUCAACUCUCACAAGUGGCAAUCGGUAUUUGUACGAGGGUCGUGGAAACGAGGACCGGCAGUUGCACAAGAACCACCGAGAUUGGCCUUUGAUUGAACAUGGGGUUUCGCCCGUGCCAAUAAAAUUUAACGAACCCAGACAGAAUGUUUUGCAGACAGAAGGGGUCGGGCAAACGGUGUUGGCGUUUGGCGCGGAGGACCUGCUUUUCUGGCAACGCCAGAACUUGGCGGAGCGGGACAAGACAAAAGGGCAUCAUCGUUGUGGAGCUUCGCCUUCGGAAAUGCUUGAUCUCUCUUCAAAACUGCUUACGGUGGCCGUCAGAAUCUCCUUUGCCACUGGGCGUUCCGGAAUGAUGGAGGGCGUAAAACAAUAUCAGACUUUUAUCCAUCCGUAUUUAAGCAAUCAAUAUGCACCGCACGGACGCAGCGCGUGGGAGUUCGCGUAUCUGCGCGCCACUCUUGAGGGUGCAGCUGCCACCGUUUCGCGGAGGGUGGAUAGCAUUCACCAACAUUCACACGCCUCGAGACAGCUUUGGGUUAUGGGUACUUCGGCCGCGUCGGAUACUGACCUGACCUUGGCAUUACUGAGUCACGAUGCGGCUUGGAUCCGAGGCUCUGCUACGACACCAGGCUAUCAGGUAUGUGAUGAUAGUGGUGCGAGUAUCAGCAAAAUCUAUCCUCGAUUCGACCUUCAACCUUCUGCCCACCUCGGCCUAUCUUUCGCACACUCGGAACUGAAAGAUUUUUGGAAUGCUCCUAACGUGCUUCUUUCUUUUAUCUCGAUCAACUGCCGUACCCGAUUUGCUUCCGACGAAAAGCUGUCUCGCAUAUGGUUGUUCCCCUUUCAACUGAAGUCGAAUGACGGUCUGAAAAGCUUCCCGCCAACCAACACUCCCCUCUUCAGUUGUUUUCGAAGACUUCUGCCCUACUUUUCCAGAGCAGCCAACGCUGUUGACUACCAAAGGCCUCUUCCAGAGCACCCCACAGUAGAAUUUAUUCUCCAUUUCCACCAUACCAAUGUUCCUGGGAAACCGACUAAAUCGCGCCGACUUUGGGCCUUAAACAUCCUGAUAAUCGAGGGUGCCCCACUUCGAAGUCUCCAACGCUGGAAUUUCUUGACAUUCCUCCGUUCUUCAAAUGAAAUCACAUUUCCGAAUACAGCUCUCCUUUUAGCGACGAAGAUUCGUAAUGGGGCACAAUCGUCAGCCUUGUCUCCAAUGUGCCUUGCGUUGAGGGAAAUAUUCAAGCCUGAAUCUACUGCGAGAGCUCUUCAAGAUGCGCUAAUCGGAGGUCUACUCAGUCUUCGAUCGCUCCGCUGGUGUUCCCUUUGCCAUCCGUUUCCCAUCACCUUGAAAUGUAUGGAUGCUGCUGGGGAAAUUGUCGUUGGGAAAUUCGAUCCACCAAACGAUGCGCCAUGCAUCCGGGAGGGUUUACAUCUCACGAAAGCGAUGAGGAAGAGAGAAAACAGUGCCGAAAGCAUCCAGGGGCUUAUAUUUCCAAUAGGAGGUACCCGGCCAAAGUCAUUUACAGGCGUUAACUCGAUUUUGGAGUGGUGCUGGUGGACCGAGAUCUACCGAGACAAUAAUUGCAUCUGCAUUCCCAGCGCUUUCCUCGCUUCAAGCUACGUCGAUGAUCUCUAUCGACGAAUUUUCUCUUGGACAGGCUAUCCCCGAAUUCAAGACGCCACGUCUAUCACGAAAAACCUAGGGAUACCUCAAUCAGAACGGUCCAAUUGGGAAUGGCGGAUCUUAUCAACAAAGAGCAAAAUCUUUGUGUAUAGGAAGCCACGCACAAAGCCAAUUUUAGGUAGUCACGAUCUUACUUAUCAGGAAUCCAAACUUUCGAAGCGUCGUCUCUUAUUUACGGAUACUCAGGUCGUGCUUGUUUGCAAAUCAUUAACUUACGAAAUUCUGCCUUGGUUGCCCGAUACGACUCCAGAGCCCUCUACGAACCAUGAGCGCGAUCCGGAUGAUACCCCGCAUGCCUUCAGGGGGAUUCUGAAUCACUUCCAUAGCGUUUUGGACCUACUAGGGAAUCGUUCAGUGUGUCCAACCGUUAGUUACGGAGCCUUUUGGAGGUUGUAUAGUACAGUUACGGAAGAAGAUGACGUCGGUGUACGGUUCGGAUACAGUAACUGA